CACAACUUGGCACUCUAGCUCGCAUAUACGGGACCAAGAUGACGCUGCAUCGCUCCGCAUUGCGACUGCAGCUGUCCAAUCGCGCGACACUCGACUCUGCUAGCGCGGGCAGCGCGCAGCUCAACGGAGCAGACGCACGAACGCCCAGCGCUAGUCCUGAAGAGAACAAACGAGGCUAUUUCGACAUCAUGCCACGAUUAGACACUAGCUCGCUGGCGAGCACAGCUUGUGAGGAAGUCAAGACACCGCUGCCCCGCACACCCAACACUCUCUUUGGAGUGCUUCAUGGCCAUGCUGGCUUGCAAAACAACAACGAUGACGGGGUUACCGAACCCUCGGCACUGAGCACGACUUACCUCACCGCCGGCGAUCUCAACGGAGCAACAUCUGGUAUGAUCACGCCGACUUAUGGCCUUGCACCGCACACACCUCUGCCCUACGCACUCAAGGACGGCUACCAUACCCCGACCGUUGAUGUAUUCGGCUCUUCGACCGCCAUGACACCCAACUUUGCCUUUGGCAGGGCUGCUCUCAGUCGGACUGGCUCGCGACCUUCGAUGGGUCUCAGACGCACUUCCUCCAUGUUCAGCGCUGGCAUGAAUAUCUCUGAUGACGAGGAAGAAGAGGCCGACGCGCUCCUGCAAGCGCGACUGGCGCGCCGUCGCCGCUCACUGCAUGCUCGGACGGGCUCGACAUCCUCUACGGCAUCCAGCAUGAGCGGCUUCGACGAUCUCGCACCUCACGCUAUGCUUGAGAGCGAAGAAAGUGAGGAAAGCCUAGAGGACAAGGAGAUGCAGACCGAAUGGACGCCUUACGAGCGAGAUAUUCUCGCAUCCACAUAUGAUGCGUACAUCGACAAGAUUGCACGCAGUGGAACACCCUUCACAGGCGUGCCACCCAGCCAGACACUCCAUGCUAUCGCCCGUCACCUUCUCACCCGGCACGCUGAGCCGAUCGUCGAGAGCGGCCAGGCUCGACAGAAAUGGCGACACUCUCUUUUUGUCACGAAGGCGCGCGUGCUAGCGUUUGCCAAAGCGCGCAAAGCUUUCGAAGACUCACAGCUUGCGCCUGCGCACGAAGCAGGCAAUGGCGCUACACCCCGCGCUGCCCAGGACACGACAGACGUACAGAUGCAGCCCGAAGCAGAUGCUGCUCUGGCAACGCUCGCCAAGACCGGCGGAGUGGCUGUAGGACACAGACGAAGGCUCUCGUCUCAACGCUCGAUGGACUUCCUGCCCUAUCAGAAAGAUACCAAUGCGCUCUCCAAACUGUCGAGUCGUCUGCAGCCCCAAGAGGAGGCCAGCGCGCUCGACAAUGCGCAUAUCUCUCUCAUGCGUAGUUUCUCGAGCUCCGCCGUCGCGCCCGCCCUGACGACUGCCGUCGAGCCGACGCCAAGCUUGCUCAAGCCUAGCGGAGCAUCGACUUUCACUUUCGGGACCGGUGCGACGGUCUCAGCUGUGCCCCUUGGUCUCGAACAGAUCGCAAGCAUCGUAACGGAUGACGCGGACACCAAGAGCAAAGUCACUCCGCCCCGACCGCUCCAGCGCUCUCGCUCCUCGUACGGACAGACGUCAACGCUGCCUUCCCAAAGAGGUCACAACAAGAAGCCUAGCUUGUCUUCGUCCAUCAAGAUUCUGUCGAGAGCAGACAAAGCCUUGGCCGAAGAGAGCGCGUCGACUUAUCUGCCCACGCCGCCCGAAUCUGCUCGGAAGCACAGCAAGCUCACUUACUUAGACGCGACGAAGAACCGACCUGCCCUCUUCUUGUCGCCUGCUGAUCCGAUCAUGCCGCAGUUCGGUCGACCUGUCAUGUCAAACGAUGCAGACGCAGCAGAGGCAAAGAGGCAAUGGCGAGCCAACGCGCUCAUCGACUCGCCCAAUUCUGACACGAACGAGUCAAGCCCAGGCGGCCGUACAGAUGGAUCUGACGAAGCGGACGAGCCAUCAGGCAAUCGCGCAACGAAGCGCAAGGCUUCCAUCACGCCUCUGACGCCUCAGUUCCUCGAACCUAGCUCGUUCCGCGCGGGCGCAAACCCGACCGAAGGCGGACUGAGAAGUCCGUUCACCGCUGAGUUUGCAUGA